AUGGCGGCGCUUUCGAUAUGUUCAAUGAGAACUUUCUUUUCUGAUGAGCCCAAAGAAGUAGUUGCGAUCACAGAGAACCAAAGAGAAAGUGAUGCGUGGCACAUGCUACGUAAAGGUCGUUUGACAGCCAGUAAUUUUGGCSCAGUUCUUGAAUCAAAACGGGUGACUCCAUCGCUUGUAAAGAGAGUUCUCGSAGAGUAUGACGUUUCUCGAGUUCAGGCCGUACGUUGGGGGAUCGUUAAUGAAAAAGAGGGGAUCAAAGCCUUCACUAACUACACCAAACUUCCGGUACAACAUACAGGUCUUUGGCUACACACAUCAGGGGUACUUGGUGCAUCCCCUGAUGGACUGGUGGGAGCUGAUGCUGUAUUAGAGGUCAAAUGCCCAUUUACACAGAGAAAUGCUACCAUAGCAGAAGCUGUUGAAUGUCAAAAUUUUUGUCUGGAAAAGAAAGACCAGGGAUAUGCCCUUAAAAMAUCCUCUCACUACUGGCACCAGGUUCAAGGACAAAUGUACAUAACAGGCAGAAACAUUUGUUAUUUUGUGGUUUGGACUACCAAGGAAAGUGCAAUACUCCCAAUCCAGAAAGACCCAACUUGGAAAGAAAACAUUUUACAUCUACAAGACUUUUAUACGUUAAACAUGAUCCCUGCACUUGUUGAUGGUGGACUUUAAUGAUGUAAAGACUAUACACAAAACUUAUACUUUA